AUUUGUCCCCGUGCCUAAGAAGAAGAAAAACUAUACAAUCGGGGCGCAAAAAACACCAACUAACAAAAACAACAUAACAACAUCGAAGAAAAAGCCGCACACAUCCUUUGUUAGGGAGGGGAAUUGGUUUGUUGAGAUGGCGUUUAAUAGAGGAGGAGGGGGACGUUACGGAGGUUAUAGUGCUGGAAACCAUGCUAAACAAGAACCAUUUGAAGUCUUUCCUGAAAUCAAGGAACUCCCUGAUGUCAAUCUUAAACAAAUAGGACAAGAUUUUAGGAGUUUAGUAUCAUGGGGUAAUGAAUUGCAGAAGUUUUGGAUUUCAUCUCCUUAUCAUUUGGGGAAUAUGGGUCAAGAUGCUAAAAAAAAUGCUGGUGUCUUUCCAAUGAUGACUGAUGAGUAUUUUCCUGCUGAACUAGUUGCAGGGAAGGUGAAGCAUAUCAAUAAGAAGAUUCGAUGGGAUCCGCAGUCAGACCUACAGAAGUUGGAUAUUUUUGAGAAGCUGGAUCAAGGACCUCAGGGUCAAGAUGCUGGUGACAAGGAAAAGAACGAGGAUGAAGAUGAUGAUGAUGAAGACAACGAAAAUUUCGAGGAGGAAGAAGACGCUAGUGGUGAUGAUUAUGAUCAGAACAUUGAAUUUGAUGAUGAUGAAGACGAAUUCAACCCGGUUGAGGAUCAUGGUGAUGAUGAGGGUUAUUACUAGGAGAUAAGAAGUCUACAGGUGACAGGUUAGCUCAAAGAUGUAUUGGAUGAUUGAUUGCCUGGUUUUGCUAGAAUUGGAUUUGGACUUGGACUUCUUGGAUCCGUGAUUCAUUAUUCCCGAUUAGGGUUUAUGCUUAGAUGUGAUCCGGUUGCUUGCACUACUAAAUGGUUCGUAUGGAUUUACUUGAUCCUUUUAUGCAUUUAGUUUACUCUACAUAAUUUCCAUAUCGUGCUGUGCUUUUCCUGUGAUACCCCAUGAUUCCGCCUUGUUGGGGUGUUACAUACCAAGCCUAUGAGGCUAUGAUUUGUGUUAGAAGAAAAUGAGACACAGUUAUGAGUUGUAUUUUUCCUGCAUUUUAAUAUAUCGUGGGCGGAUUAUUUGGGAA